UUGUAAAGGAUUUUUUUUUUUUAUUAUUAUUUUAUUUCCAAUUUAUUUUGGAAUAAUCUGGAAACAACAACACCCACAACUGGGGGGGGGGGGGAAAGUAAAAGGUUCUCUCUGGAGACAAACGGACGUCGAGCGAAGAAACCAAACAUCUCUACAGCAAUAUACAGCAGUGGACUGAACACACUACUAUCAACUAAAGCUCUUUACUGGCAAUGCUGGGAUCCCAGGUUCCAGCCCGCCUUGUCAGUUCUCAGCUCCACCCCUUCCAGUCUCGCGAUGCCUCUGGCCCCGAUGCCCCUCCCCCUGCUCCUCCUUGCCUCUAGGAUGCUCCUAUUGGCCGCCUUGGCUGCUUGCUCCUCCCCUUUCCUGGGUGGGGCUCCAGAUGAGCCGCGGCCCCAACGCUCUGGGGUCCUAAACAUUGCGGUGGUGUUCAGCGGCACCUCUUACCCCCCCGAGAUGCCCCGGCUGGUCCUGGGGGGCCCCUAUGUGGGUGCGACUUAUCUCUCAGGCAGCUCCAGUCUGCCCAGCAGUCCCGGGCUGGCUGGGAGCUCUGGUUUCACGGAUUAUAAAGACGUGAAUGUUGUUCCAGUGGUCCUGAACGAGACAAGCCCUCGCUCCCUCAUCUUGCGACUCUGCGACGUCCUCUCCAGCCUGCCCAUCCACGGCGUGGUCUACGAGGAGGAAGUGACAUCGUCACAAGGGAGUGGGGAUGGUGAGGGAGCGUCGACCGCAGUCGCCCAGAUCCUUGACUUCCUGUCAGCACAGACCGGGGUCCCCAUUGUGGGGGUUGGGGGUGGGGCUGCACUGGUGCACACCCCCAAGGAGUCUGGCUCCACGUUCCUGCAGCUUGGUUCCUCCACAGCCCAGCAGCUACGUGUGAUCUUCGAGGUUCUGGAGGAGUAUGACUGGACCUCCUUCUCCCUGGUCUCGACCCGUCACCCCGGAUAUGAGGACUUCCUGUCCUUCGUCGAGGUGCUGACUGACGGCUCCUUCAUCGGCUGGGAGAGCCGGUCCCUGGUGCUGCUCAACCUGACCCAGGACCCGGGGGGAGCCAGAACCAAGAGACUUCUCAAAGAGAACGGGGCACAGGUGCGUCUCCUCUAUUGCUCCCGUGAGGAGGCGGAGUCUGUAUUCCGUGCAGCAAGGGGGGCAGGGCUGGCAGGCCCAUCUCACAUCUGGUUCGCAGUGGGCCCCUCCCUCUCCUCCCUUGAGACCCUCCCCCCUGAAUCCCUCCCCCUCUCUCUCUUUGUGGUUCGACCAGCGGGCUGGAGGGAUGAUGUGCGCAGACGCACAGGAAGAGGCGUCGCCAUCCUGGCACAGGGGGCGGCGGCCUUGCGGCGAGACUUCGGGAGUCUGCCUAACUUCAGCACGGACUGCCAGGGGGCUCCCAAUGAGACCAGAACAUUCAAGGGAAACCUGCACAGGUAUUUCUCCAAUAUCUCGCUGGGUGGUCGAGAUUAUUCCUUCAACAGUGACGGCUACCUAGUCAAUCCAUCACUUGUGGUGAUCGCACUGAACAGAGAGAGGAACUGGGAGGUGGUGGGGUCCUGGGAUGACAGGAUUCUCCGAAUGCGUUAUCCGGUCUGGUCUCGCUAUGGCACUUUCCUUGAACCACCCGAUGGGGCUCAACACCUCAGGGUCGUGACCUUGGAGGAGCGCCCCUUCGUGAUCGUGGAGGAGGCGGACCCAUCCAGCGGGACCUGCAUUCGAGACUCUGUGCCCUGCAGGAGGCAGCUUAACCUGUCAGAGAGCUCCCUCUUCGACGGUCUGGCUCCCAUGAAGAUGUGCUGUAAGGGGUUCUGCAUCGAUAUCCUCAAGCGAUUGGCCAAGACUGUCGCCUUCACCUACGACCUUUACCUGGUGACCAACGGGAAGCAUGGCAAGAAGAUUGAAGGAGUUUGGAAUGGCAUGAUAGGGGAGGUGGUGUAUCAGAGAGCUGACAUGGCAAUUGGCUCUCUCACGAUCAAUGAGGAGAGGUCAGAGGUUGUGGAUUUCUCCGUCCCGUUUGUGGAGACGGGGAUCAGUGUGAUGGUCUCCCGUAGCAACGGCACUGUCUCGCCCUCCGCCUUCCUCGAGCCCUACAGCCCUGCAGUGUGGGUGAUGAUGUUUGUCAUGUGUCUCACGGUUGUCGCGGUGACGGUCUUCAUCUUCGAGUUCUUCAGUCCCGUUGGAUACAACCGCAGCCUGGCGUCCGGCAAAAGGACUGGGGGUUCGAAGUUCACGAUUGGGAAGUCUGUUUGGCUGCUCUGGGCUUUGGUCUUCAAUAACUCCGUACCGGUCGAGAACCCCAGGGGCACCACCAGCAAGAUCAUGGUUCUGAUUUGGGCUUUCUUCGCUGUGAUCUUCCUGGCCAGCUACACUGCCAACCUGGCAGCCUUCAUGAUCCAGGAAGAGUACAUAGACGCUGUGUCGGGGCUGAGCGACAAGAAGUUCCAGAAGCCCUAUGAACAGUACCCUCCUCUGAAAUUUGGGACAGUCCCAAAUGGCAGCACUGAGAAAAACAUCCGCAGUAACUAUCCAGACAUGCACCAGUACAUGGGCAAAUACAACCAGAGAGGCGUGGAGGAGGCUCUCAACAACCUGAAAACAGGUAAGCUGGAUGCAUUUAUCUACGAUGCUGCUGUGCUGAACUACAUGGCUCGGAAGGAUGAGGGCUGCAAGGUGAUGACGAUCGGCUCAGGGAAGGUGUUCGCCACCACGGGCUACGGCAUUGCGCUGCAGAAGGGGUCCAAGUGGAAGAGAGCCGUCGACCUGGCACUUCUGCAGUUCGUGGGAGAUGAUGAGAUUGAGAUGUUGGAGAGGCUCUGGCUGUCUGGGAUCUGUCACAAUGAUAAGAUCGAGGUCAUGUCAAGCAAGCUGGACAUUGAUAACAUGGCCGGCGUGUUCUACAUGCUACUGGUGGCGAUGGGACUCAGUUUACUGGUGUUCGCCUGGGAGCACCUGAUCUACUGGAAACUGCGUCACUGCAUGGGGCAUUCUGGGAGACUGGACUUCCUGUUAGCGAUCAGCUGGCCCCCUAUCCUCUUGGCCCCCCUGCCCUGCUCCACCUUCCUGCCCCGCCCAGACCGCAGAUCAGCUGUGGUGGAGCGCUGGAGGUCCUCGGCUGGGGGCCCCAGGGGCCCUGGCAUACAGCCAGGUGGGGGAGGGGCCCCCAAAAGGCUGGUGAGGAGUGGGGAGGUAACAGAACUAUUCACUGUGGCUCCGAACUUCCCCAAAAAGGUGAAGACCCCGCCUUCAUGGUCGGCUCUCGACGGGUAUCGCAGAUAUUAUGGUCCCAUCGACCCGGCCGGGCUGACCUGUGUGGAGAACCCAAUAUCAGUGCAGCAGCAACAGCAGGCAGCUAAUCCCAACCUUAACCAGCAGCCCCUACCUUCGAUGCAUCAGCAGUCUUCCCUAUCCAUCAUGCCUGUCUAUAAUGGGGAGCAGAAUUUACAAACUCAACAGCAACAGCAGCACAGAGCCAAUUCUGUCUCUCAACAGACUGCCCCCCCACUGCUCCCUCCUCCCAGCUACUUCACCAUCAUCCAGGAGAUAGAUGAGACACUGUCCGCUCAGAGUGGCCCAAGCUUGGGCCCCCAGGCAGGGGAGAAGGGAGCGUUGGGCAAGCUGGGGGGAAAGCCUCCCAAAACUGACUCUCACUUCUCCCAGGACAGAGAGUUAGGGGAGGGAGGUAUAGGUGGAGGAGAAGGAGGGGUCAUCCCAAACCAUCUGUGGCCCAUCCCUGUGGCCCUGCUCUGGAAGAGGAAGAACCAGCAGAGCCAGGCUGCCAGGAAGCAGACAAGGGAAAGGACUUUCAGGGAGUCUGUUAGCGAAGCUGGGCUGGGGGAAGGAGAUGGGAAGAAGGGUAAGAGAAAGAACAAGAAGGUAACACCAACGAAGAAGGUGAAAGCCAAGAAGAAAGUGGGGAAGGUGAAGGAAUGCAAGGAGAAAAUGUUUGUGGGAUCAGCAGAGUCGGCUACAGCAGCUGAAAAAGUUUUGAUCCCGCUCUAUGAGAACGUGCCGAUCAGGGACAAAAAGGGGGGAGAACUGGCCCCUCUAUAG